AUGAUCGAUAAAUUACUUGAUCAAUUAAAUAACCUUCGUAAAAAAAAUAAUUUAAAAAAAUUAGAAUGGAAUACCCAUUUAAUUUUUGUAGCUAAAAAACAUGCUGAAAAUAUUUCUUUAAUGAAUGAAUAUGAUAAAAAUACUAAUGUUAAAAACUUUUACUACUAUGAUAUUCAAUAUUUUAAUAAAACAACAGAAAAUGAAGUUUUUAAUGCGUUAGUAAAUAAUAAAAAUUAUAAAAAAAUUUUAUUAGAUAAAAACUACAAUCAUUUUGGAGCAUCUUUUAAAAAUAAACAUUGGGUAUUAAUUUUUGGACAUUUAUAUGCGAAAGAAAACAUAAAUAUUAAUCUCUUACUAGAAUAUACAAAUAAUGAAAGAACUAAAAUUGAAAAAAAAGCAAUUGAAAGUUGGAUGGAAUCAUCUGGCCAUAAAAAACAAAUUCUUGAUAAAGAUUAUAUUUAUUUUGGAGCUGAAUUUGCUAAAGAUAUUUGGACAUUAAGAAGUGGAAAAUUAAGUUGUUCGACAUGUCGUAAACAAGAUAUUAUUUUGUAUGGUUUCAAUAAGCGAACUCAUAUUAGUGUUGGAACACAUAAAC